AUGUCGGCGAGCAGCACGCCCGUAGACGCCUCGGGGGAGCCGAUCCCGACGUCGUCGGUGCUGAUGGCGGCGUCGAAGCACAUCGCGGUCCGGUGCCGCCCGGAGAACGUCGCGUUCCUCAACUGCAAGAAGAAGGACCCUAACCCCGAGAAGUGCCUCGAGAAGGGCCGUCAGGUCACACGCUGCGUCCUUAGCCUGGUUCGAUACGUUAGCGAAGCAAUUUGUGAGGUUACUGAUGAUGCAGUUGAACAGCUACCUGGCAUUGGUUAUGUGGUACUAGUGUGUACUCUUAGGUCACCCCUUAUCAGGUUAAUCAACAGCUGA